AUGGCUGCCGUUAAGAACGUUGUUGCUGGCGCCGUAUUGAGACAAGUUCGAUCCCUAUUUUCGGCAUCUGCCAGCUCCCAUUUUACCACAGUACCGAUUGCUAGAAAGAUACACACUAGAGAAGUGAAGAAAUUCUAUAAAAAUGCCAGAAUUGCUCAAAGCAAUGGGCUGUUUGAGAUAAAUUUGGAUAAGAGAAAAUUGCGGACCCCAUUAGGCAAUUUGUUCCAGGUGGAUAAUGAGAGUCUUGCUCUUGCUGUGGCUACAGAAUGGAAUGCUCAAGAGGACACCAUCAAGCAACAUAAUAUGUACUUGACGACUCUUUGUAAUACUGUGAUAGAUAAUCCAAUGCAAAGAACAAAAGAAGAUUUGACAAAAGCCGUCUUACAUUUUCUCGAGACUGAUACGCUUUGUUAUAGAAUGUUGGAUCCACCUGAUUUGAUCACCUUUCAGCAAACACAUUGGGAUCCUUUAGUCGAUUGGUUUCGAAGUCGGUAA